GCCAUUAUAAAAUCUCAUCUCAACCCUGUCUUUGCCUUUAGUUCUUAACCACAUUUUCACUCUUUCAUUGAUUAUUAUCAGCUUUCAGCUUUCCCGAGCAAGGCUUACCAUUACUACUACUGUAUCUGUAUCACCAUAUUUUCCAGUCUCUCUUUAAUGUAAAGCGGCGUUGGCUGCAAAAUCUGACAACAUCCCACUUUUUAUUUGAUUCCUUUUGUUCAUUAGUCAACUUAGCCAAUUAAUCUCUCGCAGCUCGCCCCCAAGAAAGAAGAACCCAAGAUGCUCGACACUGUGAAGUACCUUAUCGGCGCCGCUGGCGCCAGUGGCUACGGCUCCAAGUCCACCGCUGAGCAAGUCACCGAAAACUGUCCUGAUUUACGAUCCUUUACCGUCAUCAUUACCGGUGCCACUUCGGGGAUAGGAGCCGAGACGGCUCGGGUGUUAGCCAAACGAGGCGCGAGACUGGUGCUACCAGCUCGGAGUCUCAAAGCUGCUGAGGAGACCAAGGCGCGUAUCGCGUCCGAGUGUCCCGCUUCGGAGAUUGUCGUUAUGGCUCUUGAUCUUAGCUCUCUCAAAUCCGUUAGAAAAUUCGUUGCAGAGUUCGAGUCUCUGAAGUUGCCACUCAAUCUCCUCAUAAACAACGCUGGCAAGUUUGCACACGAGCAUGCAAUCUCUGAAGACGGUAUCGAGAUGACCUUUGCCACUAAUUAUCUGGGUCAUUUUUUAUUGUCUAAACUGUUACUGAACAAGAUGAUUGAAACCGCAAAACAGACGGGCGUUCAAGGCCGAAUCGUGAAUGUGUCAUCUGGCAUCCACACUUGGUUCACCGGCGAUAUGAUCCGAUAUCUCGCACAGAUAUCGCGAAACAAAAAUCACUAUGAUGCAACACGUGCUUAUGCUCUCUCGAAGCUCGCUAACGUUUUGCACACCAAGGAGCUUGCUCAGAGACUCAAGCAAAUGGAUGCCAACGUGACUGUGAAUUGUGUUCAUCCUGGGAUCGUGAGAACCCGACUCACCAGAGAACGAGAAGGCUUUCUCACAGAUCUUGCAUUCUUCUUGACCUCAAAGCUUGUAAAGACCAUUCCUCAGGCUGCUGCUACGACAUGUUAUGUUGCAACUCAUCCCAGACUUGAAAAUGUUUCUGGGAAGUACUUUGCCGAUUGCAACGAAGCUUCGACGUCAAAAUUGGGAUCAAACUCAAAUGAAGCUGCACGAUUAUGGUCUACCUCUGAGCUUCUAGUUUCUAGAGACCCUAAAGAAGUUCUUGAUAUCAACGCAAAGUCCUGAAUUUAACAAGAUAAGACACUUAAAUUUAGAAACUACGCGAGAGAAUAAAGUCUUAGCUGUACAUGAUGAAGCUGGAGAUCAGCAGAAGCAAGAAGGAAGACAGAUCAUAAAUAUAUAUAUGAUUUAGAUAAACAAAAUGUAUACAAAUAUUUAGAUGAGUAUGGUUAGUGAGGAAGGUUAGAGAUAAUUAGGGGUUUGAUUCAAUCCAAAUUCUUAGAGCUUGAUUUCGGGUUCCGAUUGAAUCCAAAGUGAAUUUGUUUCUUAAUCAAGUUUGAUUCUUUGCUUC